GCGCCGCAUCCCGAGCCGCCGCCAUGGCCGCCUACAAGCUGGUGCUGAUUCGGCAUGGCGAGAGCGCGUGGAACCUGGAGAACCGCUUCAGCGGCUGGUACGACGCCGACCUGAGUCCGGCCGGGCACGUGGAGGCGAAGCGCGGCGGGCAGGCGCUGCGAGAUGCUGGCUAUGAGUUUGACAUCUGCUUCACCUCAGUGCAGAAGAGAGCAAUUCGGACCCUCUGGACAGUGCUGGAUUCCAUUGACCAAAUGUGGCUGCCAGUGGUGAGGACUUGGCGCCUUAAUGAGCGACACUAUGGGGGCCUGACUGGCCUCAAUAAGGCAGAAACUGCUGCCAAGCAUGGUGAGGCCCAGGUAAAGAUCUGGAGGCGCUCCUAUGAUGUCCCACCACCUCCAAUGGAGCCUGACCAUCCCUUCUACAGCAACAUCAGUAAGGAUCGUAGGUAUGCAGACCUCACUGAAGAUCAGCUGCCCUCCUGUGAGAGUCUGAAAGACACUAUUGCCAGAGCUCUGCCCUUUUGGAAUGAAGAAAUAGUUCCCCAGAUCAAGGAGGGGAAACGAGUACUGAUUGCAGCCCAUGGCAACAGCCUUCGGGGCAUCGUGAAGCAUCUGGAGGGUCUUUCCGAAGAGGCUAUCAUGGAGCUGAACCUGCCAACUGGCAUUCCCAUUGUCUAUGAAUUGGACAAGAACUUGAAGCCCAUCAAGCCCAUGCAGUUCCUGGGGGAUGAAGAGACCGUGCGUAAAGCCAUGGAGGCUGUGGCUGCCCAGGGCAAGGCGAAGAAGUGAGGGCAAGCAGCAGAUUACUUUCCCAAGGAUUACCCUUCCCGCCAAGUCCAUCCCAUUCCUUUGCACCUCUCCCCUGCACAUGUCACACUGACAUCUGUAGGCUUCUUUAAGUUGUAGCUGCAGAUGGGAACCAGCGGCUCCCAAUUUCAUUUUACCCAUUUAUCUCUUGCACCCACUCCCUUCAUACAGUCUAGUCAGAAUGGCACCUCUGGGGCAUGGUCCUCAGUCCAAGCCAAGGGAAGACUUAUCCAAGAGCGCUGACAGGUAGUAACUGGGGGGUUUAUCACUAAGGACCUGCUUGAGUAGGGGAUGGAGGGAAUCAUGCUAAGGCGUGACCAGUGAGGAGAAGCAAGAGAGGCUGUUUGUGUUCCCAGAGGCCAGCUGGGCACUGUUCUGUUCAGGUGACUGGGGGCUCUAGUCAUUCCAAUGGAAGAUGAAUGUAACCUGCAUGGUGAUUCAAUCAAACAUUUCCUCCCUGACUCCAAAAGAUUGGGAUCAAUCCUGAAUGUUUAUGUGUUACAUUUACUUUUGCAAAAAAAAAUUUAUAUAU